AUGCAUUUCUCCAACUCUAUGCUGUUGAUGACGGCGCUGACCGCUGGGUCGGCUGUCGCUCGUCUUCACGGCCACGAGCGCCGUCACGCCCACCCCAGAGACGUCAACAUCGAAUCCAACCCCGUUGUGACUGCGGCCCCCGAGGUUGUCGAUGUCGAGAAGCGUGGUGAAGAGGUUUUCGCUACCAUCGACGGCAAGCUCGUCUCCUGGAUCAACGACUGGUUCGGUGAGCAGACCUCCGAGGCCUCCUCCGAGGCCGCUGAAGCCGCCGAGUCUACCGUUGCUCCCACCUCCACUGCCACUCCCACCGCCGAGGCCACCAGCGAGGCUGAGGCCAUCUCGACCGUCAGCCCCACCCCUGUUCCCUCCAGCUCCAGCUCCUCUGGUUCCAGCAACUGGGCCAGCUACCCCUCCAACGGCCAGUACUCCACCAGCGGAUUCGGUUCCUCCACUGCCAGCAAGCGCGUUGGCGCCCUCGACUGGGACUACAUCGGUAACGUCGGCAACCCCUGGGGUAGCAACAUGAUCCGUGUCGAAGAGGAUGCCGCCAGCGAGUACAAGCACGUUAUCCGCUUCGAGAACGACAACUCCAAGGCCUGGACCGUCGUCAUGUGGAACUCGUACGGCCCCAGCGGCGGUCUGAACGGUUUCUGGGCCCCCAACAGUGCUCUGAGCUUCACCGUCGAGCCUGGCCACAGCAUCUUCGUUGCCAUCGAUGAUGACUCCCAGGGUGGUUGGGGUGCCUCCGAGGGCGAAGGUCUCCCUACCAACUUCGUCGGCCAGUACGCCUCCACCUGGGGUGAGUUCGACAUGAGCAACUCCCAGAACGACGGCUUCUCCGGCUGGGAUGUCUCCUGCAUCAUCGCUGAGCUCGCCAACCUGGACAUUGCUGGUAUGCAGAUCUGCAACCACGAGGGUGGAAAGUGCUCCUCCAUCACCAACGGUGCCACCAGCGUUGUCAACGCCUACACCGCCGCCGACCAGGGCAAGCCCGACAAGGCCGUUUCCCAGGGCCCUGGCCCCGUCCGCCUCGUCGUCAACCUGGGCUGGUCCUCUUAA